AGUUGUGGUGCAGUCGGCUUUCCCCUCACCAACAUCAAGUGACACAUUAUUUCCCUCGCUCGGUAAACAAGGCUCUUGCGGUGGCAGCAAGCUCAAGACAUACUUUAACUUCCUGUUCAGGGCACAAGCCUUUGAGAGCAGGUUCCUUUGACUGCCGUGCUUUCUGAAUCACACGUGAAAUCAGACCUGAGCAAGUUGUAACUUUGGGCUCGGGAACCUGGUUCGUUUUCCCCUCAAGGAGUUGCUUUUGCCCAUGCUGGAACGUUCCAAUGAGUGUGCAGAAUCAGCGUGUGGAAACGGGCCAGCUGGCCCACCUUGUUGGCAACAGUCUGUCGCUGCAAAGCAACGCCUCUCCAGACAACUGCACCGGGCCUGGUGUAGGCUUCCAACACUCCCUUUACGCUGUGUCGUACACCAUCGUCUUCGUACCCGGCCUCCUGACCAACAGCGUGGCACUGUGGAUCUUAUGCCGUUUCAUCCACAAGCAGAACAAAACGGUGAUCUUCAUGAUUAACUUGGCCGUGGCCGACUUUGCUCACGUUCUCUCCUUGCCUUUGCGGAUAUAUUAUUACAUCAACAACUGCUGGCCCUUUGGAGUCUUCCUUUGUCAGUUCUGCUUCUACAUCAAGUAUCUCAACAUGUACGCCAGCAUCUGCUUCCUCACCUGCAUCAGUGUGCAAAGGUACUUUUUCCUCCUCCACCCAUUCAAAGCCAAAAACUGGAAGCGAAGGUACGAUGUUGCCAUAUGCGUCGCCGUGUGGGUCUUCGUGGGAGCCGCGUGCUUGCCAUUUCCGCUGAUGAGGGAUUCCAAAAACUCGGAGGCUUGCUUCACUGAACUGGGUGUCAAGAAGAUUGGCAACAAAGCUGCGUCUCUCGUCAUGGUGAUAGUGGCCGAAUGUGUCGGUUUUUUGGUCCCCCUAAUCGUCAUUGUCUAUUGCACCUGGAAGACCAAAGCGUCGCUUCAAGAAUACCGAACGCCUCUGCAAAACGUGGUGGAAAAGCAGAAAGCGUUGCGGAUGGUGGCCACGUGUGCCGUUGUGUUUUUUGUGUGUUUCACGCCGUACCAUAUUGUUUUUUUCUUCUUCAUGAUGGUCAAAGAGGUGAUCAUUACAGACUGCAGAACGGUCGAAAGUAUUUUGUACAUUCACCCAUUUUGUUUAAGCCUGGCCAGCCUCAACUGCUGCUUGGAUCCCAUCUUGUAUUUCUUUACCACCUCCGAAUUCCAGGAUCGGAUCUCACGAAGCAGCAGUAUGGCCUUCAGAAGUCGUCUGAUGAGCAAAGAAAGUGGUUCUUCGGUGAAAGAAUAAAAAUCUUUUUCUCUC